AUGUAUUACGACGAUGCUGCCUGGGAAAAAAGCGAGGUCGCCGAUGCCUGGGUACGCCAAUUCCUCGAGCCCGAAAUCUUGAGGCCGGUCGGGGGCUUUCUGGUCCGCCACCACAGUCCCCAUGACCCGGAGGAGUUUACCAUUCUAGAGAAGGGCGCCUUCAACAUUUCUCUGCGGAUGGAGUACGAAAACGGCUGCUCUGCCGUGAUCCGAUUUCCCCAACCUGGCGCUGCUAUAGUUCCUUUCGUUCUCCACUGGGGCGCUAAAUCGGAGAGUCCUUUGAAUCUGAGCCCAUUUGUGAUUAUGGAAUAUAUUGACCACCACACGACCAUGUACGAUGCUCUCAACACGCCCGACUGCCCGACAGCAGUGCGUGGAGUCCUCGACCCCAAUCUUAGCGAGGUUGGGCUGGAUGCCCUCUACGGAGAACUUGCAAGUGUUCUUCUUCAACUUUCUGUGCUUUUCAUGCCUCACAUAGGGUGUUUGGAUCAAAAAGAUGACUUCACGUGGGAAGUCACGCUGCGACCUCUGUCGAUGCCAAUGAAUGAACUCAUCCGAUUGGGAUCUCUGCCUCGAUCGAAAUUACCGUUCACAACAUUCGACACGGCAUCCUCCUACUUUGAGGCCCUUGCACAGCUACAUAUUUCCCAUCUGGUCAAUCAAAGAAACGAUGCCGUGGACUCGGCCGAUGACUGUCGGCGCAAGUUCGUUGCUAGGAGCCUGUUCCUAAAACUCGCUCAAUCUCACAGGCUCACGGGCAAAUGGUCGUGUUUUGAGAAUGGCCCAUUAUUGGGUUAA